AUGGCGAACCAUAAGCAACCGAGGUUCUCGACCUGGUCUCGGGAAACAUAUGUUGAUCCUAUGAAUAUGCCAGCAAAUAGAUAUUAUACUCCCCAUUUCAUGGCAUCUGGAGAUGACCAAAGAUAUGGUGAAGGCAGAGAAAGGUGGUUUCAAGAUUACCGCCGUUCGUACAUAGCUGAAAAAACUUUGGCAAAAAAUCUGAACACGUUUGGUUCUCCUUACCGACCAACCAGCUUUUCUGAUAAGCCAGACCGUGUUCUGGGAACUCGGUGCAUGCGAAGGGAAGCUGUCUUACAUAAACCUCGACAUCACCUUACAAAUCGAAUUCCCGACAGACAGAGAGACCGCGCUCAAAUCGACGACAUUGUAUUUCAACAUCGCCAGCAGUACAGAGACCAAAGUGGAACUUUGUUUGAUGAAAAAGUGGAUUAUUUUCACUACCCAACUACGGCAGAAGAGCAGUUUUUGCCAAAAGCUAGCCCUCAUGAAGGAACAAUUGGAAGUUACCCAAAUAACACAAAAGCAGCUUUGGAAUACGUCUAUGACAAGGAGAGAGGUCCUAAAGACUAUGAAUUGUGGCAUAAGGUUUAG